AUGCAACGUCCGUCUCAAGCAAACCUAAGCCGCCGUCGCUUCAUCCGCGCCGUCUAUGUUCCAAAAUUUUGCAUGUGCUACGUCGCAGCAGUCGGAGAUAUGUCUCUAAAAUGUAGGAUAAGAAGACGAUGUCGUUUAGCUGCUGUAGGAAAGCAACGAUUAUUUCUCGAAAUUACACCACCGCUGGGAAGGCAUUUUCCGAUCACAAUUCAAAUCAUAAAGUUCAUCAAGAAUUCAACUUCUUCCUCUUCAUCAAUGGAUCCUGCAGACCUAGUAGGAGCUGGGCUAGGGGACGCUGUUUCUAAAUUAUCAGAUGCCAUCAUACACGUAAUAAAGAAAACCUCGCAGUUUAAACCCAAUCUCAUUCAAUUACAAAACACCAUAACAAGAAACAAGCCGAUCUUCGAUGAAAUCGAGAAGCUAAUUGAAGUAUUGGAUCGACCGAAAAAGGAAAAAGAGAUGUUCAUCGCUCAAAUGGAAGGUGCUGAAGCCCUCGUUCUGAAAUGCGAGCGUAUCAAAUGGAAUUUCUACAAGAAAUAUACUCACGCGUUGAAGCUGGAUGACCUAAAUGCAUCGUUGCUUAGAUUUUGUCAGAUUGAUCUUCAGUUGCUGAAUACUAGGGGUAUACUGGAUCUGCUGGUGGCGAAAAAUAUGCAAAUGAGAAUGAUGAAAGGGGAUGCAGGUCGUUGGUCGUCUCGCGCUCCAUUGCUGAAAGACGUUGUUAUUGGAUUUGACGAUCGAGUUAGGGAUUUGAAGGCGAUGGUCCUCAAAGUUUCUGCUAGUGGUGAUGAAUGUUCAGUUGUAGUUGUUUCCGCUGCCGGAGGUUCAGGGAAGACUACUUUGGUAACUAUGCUCUGCCACGAUCCCGCUAUUCAAGAAAAAUUUGGUAGAAACAUCUACUUUGCUACCAUCUCGGAGACCCCCAACUUGAAGAUGGUUGUACAAAAUUUACUUCAGUCGAACCAAGCAGGUCAGAAGCUUGAUUUUAUCAAUGACGAUGACGCAAUCAACCAAUGGGGGCGCUUUUUGGGUGAAAAUAAAUCUGAAACACUAUUAGUACUCGAUGAUGUAUGGUCUGAUUCCAUUAUCAAACGCUUCAAGUUCAAGUUCCGUGGAUACAAGAUUCUUGCUACAUCUAGGUUCACCUUUAAACAAUUCAACACAUAUCACUUGCAACUUUUGAGCCACCAAGAUGCAACUGCUCUGUUUCGGCACUCUGCAUUUUCAGAAUGUGAAAGUGAAGAUGCUGAUAUAUCAGAUGAUCUUGUUGACAAGUUGGUGAAGUGUUGCAAGCAACAUCCACUGGCCCUUAGUGUGAUUGGUGGUUUGUUAAAGGGGGCAGACAUCACAAGCUGGCUUGGCAUGUUGAAAAAUCUGUCUGAUGGGAAGCAAACUGUUUUGGAUUUGGAAGAGUCUAUACCACUUUGUCUAGCACGAAGUUUAGAAGUAUUCAAAGAAGAAUCAGUAAUCAAGCAAUGUUACUUGGACUUGGGGUUAUUUCCUGAAGAUCAGAGGAUAGCAGCUACAAUGCUAUUGGACAUGUGGGUCCAUCUAUACAAGGAUGAUGAAGAGGGAUUAGCCACAAUGAACCACCUCUUUGAACUUUCCUACAAAAACCUAGCAACUCUGUUGCCAAUAAGGAAACAUUCGCCUGUGAUUAGCAACUAUUGUGAGGACAAAGCUCUUGUGCAACACGAUUUGAUGAGAACGCUAGCUAUUCGUUUAAGCAACCAAGAACCAAUAGAGCAUAGAAAGAGAUUAAUCAUACAUGCAAAUGGACAAGACCUUCCCAAAUUGCCAAAGACUAUCGAUGCCCGUCUAUUCUCCAUUUCCACAGAUGAAAGAUUCUCUUUGAAAUGGAAUGACAUUCAAGCCCCCAAAGUGGAAGUUUUGGUGUUGAACUUCAUGUCAAGGACAUAUCCCUUGCCACAGUUUAUGCAAAGCAUGGAGAGCUUAAAGAUUAUAAUUUUCACAAACUACGGCUAUCACUUCUCAGAGCUUCAAAACUUUCCCUCACCACAAUAUUUAUCUGGUCUAACCACCAUUAGAUUAGAACACGUUUCAAUAUCUUCAAUCAGUACAUCAAUUCUGGAGUUACCACACUUGCAGAAGCUAUCCUUGAUCAUGUGCAAAAUCGGGAACAGUUUCACCGAAUACACACCCAACAAAUUACAAAGCCUUUUGGAGAUCGACAUCGACUCUUGUGAUGAUUUAAUCACAUUUCCCACCAUGUUAUGCAAUCUAGUCAAUCUUAGAAAACUCAACAUUACUAAUUGCCUCGAAUUGAGUUCGCUUUCUGAAGAAUUUGGAAAAAACUUAUCAAAUUUGGAAGUUUUGCGGCUUGCGUCAUGCUCAAAUCUUGCAACGUUACCCAAAUGGAUUAGAAACAUGCAGAAGUUAAGCGUGAUUGAUCUGACAGACUGUUUAAAUCUGCUAGAGUUGCCAGGGGAAAUAGGUGAAUUGAGUAGUCUGCGAAUGAUUCAUAUGAGAGGAUGCACAGGGCUGCGUGAGCUGCCAUUGUCAGUCAAGGGUUUAUGCCCUCUGGAAGUUGUUUGUGAUGAAGAAAUUUCGUUGCUAUGGACCCAUCUCACGUGUGUCAAAGUAAAGUUGGUAGAAGAAGAUAGAUUCAGUACCUUUUUGAAUAUCACCCAAGAUUAUAUCUAA